UUUGGACUCAUCAAUUGGUUGUUGCGUUGAAACAACACUUCUUAAGAUUCUAUAGUUGAAGUAUUGAAUUUGAUGAAAAUAGCUAAGUUGUUUGAAUAGAUCUUUGUCUUUCUUGAAUUUCAGAGAUACUCGUAGAUGACGUCCGUGUGAAAAAACGGACAAUUUGUGAAGAAUGACACUGCAGCAGUGCAAGCAUUUUUUAAUGUAGAUAGUAAACGUACUAGAUUACAUUACCAGUUGCCGUAGUAGGACUAGUAGUUGUGUCAGUCGUUGAUGGCCACGCGCAGUCGCCAAUUUUUUUAUGAGACAUUUCGACUUACGAAUAAAAUAAAUACUUAAAAGUUAAAGUAGUUCUUAGUAGUACUACUACUACAGGAGAAGUACUACCUGCUUGUUCACAACCCGCCCUCUGUCCGGACUGUUUCAUUCUCUUUCCUACUUCCAUCCACUACCAAAUAUCUUGCUAUUCUCUUCUGGGUGCUGAUGGACUUCAGUACUACAAGUGUGGAUGUUGAGACAAGAUCUGCACUCCGCCAGCAAGGGCUUUCAUGUGGGGCGCAAUGUCACAACAACGCUUAGAGGAAGUUGCAUCCCAACGACAUCCUAGUCCUAGUGACGAGCACGAACAGAAAUCUCAUCCUGGUGACGAGUCUUUGCCCUUGCUAUCUUCAUUUGAAGAGAAGAAAGGGAACGAAAGUAAUAUUCACAGACCAUCUAGAUCUAAACGAUCAUAUGUACUCGACAAAGUCGUCGAACAAAACGAUCAGCCGCAUCUUGUCGCAGAAGAUGUUCCAGUGGUUACGACUAGUCAAGAACGAAAUCUUCUUCAAGUACUAGGACAGGAACUUCAAGAAGAUACAACGAGUAGGAGCAACAGACUUGUUGAAGAAGAAGCGCUCCUCGAAGAAGAAGACGAAGCCUGCUUAAGUAGUUACAACAAAGAGGACGGACUCGAAGCCCUCCUUGCUACUGACAACAGAACUCCCAUAUCCAUUACCACAUCAACGGCGGCGGAUUCGUCGGCAAGGGCGUCAACUUACGGCACACUUUCUAUGGCAACGCAGAAGCUAGCUGAGCCCAUUGGCCGCUCCGAGCUCCUCCCGUCUGACUUAGCAGCUUUAGAGUGCGGUCGAAUAGCCCUCGAAGAGGUGGAAAAGAUAAAGAACGUAAAGGAGAUCAGCUUAAGCCGUAGCAUUUCCUCCACAAGCUCAGCCACAAGGCUGCACCAGUCGCCGGUCGAACAAGUAGGAGCGGCCACUCCUUCGAAAAAGUUCGGGAAAAGCAAAAUGCUGUAUCAUCGGCUGAAGGCAUCUGAGCAGGGCAUGGAUGGCGUGGGAGAGGGCGCCCUAGCAGGCUCCUUAUGGCUAUUCUGAAGUUCUGAUCUGAAGAUCAUGAACAUCGUGGUUGUACAUGCGGACUAUUUUUACUACGUCGGAGAGAGAUAUAUUACUAGGACGCCACUGUCAUUGAAGCGUUUCUGAGGUUCAGGUUCUGUGGAUCGCUCAUUUCCUUCUAACUCCUACGUCUCUGUCCAGUCCGCACCUUCCAGCCUCCACACAUGCGGAGUUCAUGGCGGGGGUGCCAGCCCAAACAUCGCCGGUGCGGCAGCGAUCUACUUCGUCAAUAUUUUCCAGUGCUAGUGGUAUCCUGGACUACGCAUUUACAGCGUUAAAACAUCCAGCAAAGGCUGUGGCGGAUGAUCCUAUGUUAGAUGAAGACGAGGAUGGGCAUAGUAAUAUGAGCGCUGCUGCGCGUGGAGCAGUACCACAUGGUCGUGCGACGUCUGGUAGUAGGAGCCAUUCUAAUACUACUAGAGGACAACCACAAGGCGGAGAUGUCGUGGUCCCUGGUGAAGGCGAUACGAGAGGGGAGGUAGCGGCGAAGUCUUCAUCCACUUUUAGGAGCAGCCAUAGCGAAUAGAUUAAGUAGAGUUUUGAAUCUUGAUGGAUUUUUGAGAUCCCCUCUCUUCCCCCACUAUUUCAUUAUGAAAAUAAGAAACUCUUGAUCAGAUCUGGUUCUGGGUAGUCUACGGGAAUCAUCAGAAGAUGCAUGUCGGAAGUGAUGAAUCUGGCUCGUCGCUCUGAAGAUGAUGAUCGCUCUAAAAAAGCCACCGGCAUACAAGCAAAUAUUGGAUCCGCUGCUUCGCGACAAAAAAACUUCGUCGUCAACAGCGCGCCUGUGAUCGUGGCUCUAGUGAGCGUGCUGAUCUUUUCGUUGAAUAGCCAGCUCCUGCAAGCACUGGGUAAAACGAAGAUAGCCUCAAAGCUGUGUAACCUGUGCUUUGCGCAUAUGGGUGGUUUACUGUUCUUUCCGUGGACAGCGUGGGGCAUGGCACUACGCAGGAGAACAAAAAAACGACCAUCACCGGACCGUGCAGCUUUUCAAAACUUGAAUAGCACUCCUGAACAUAAGCGAAUUUCAGCUUCUGCCGAUCAUGUUUCUUCUUCAGAAACGCGGAAUAAGCACCGUACUAAUAUUCUCCAUGAAGAGGAUGUUCUCCAUGAAGAGGAUGCGUGCGAGGAUAACCGAGGCCCCUCGUCCUCCUCUACCAUUUCUCACUUUCCGCCAUUAUACCAGUGGCCAUUUUGGCAGAAAGUUACGUUUUUUUCCUUGCUGCUCAUGUUGUACAACUGGCUGUGGCUCUCCGCCGCCGAUCUAGUACCUAUAGCGACGGUGACGGCACUUUUUCAGGUACUUCUUGCUUGAAAAAUUACAUGUUGUGGUCACAAUGUCAAUUUUCCUGAGAUGAAAUCUACUUCAAAUAUCUUCUGAUUCAACAGGCCAACAUCCUAGCCUUCUGUGGAGUAUACUUUCUGAGAAUUUUUCCACCUCAUUCAACAGGCCAACAUAGCUUUUUGCGGCGUAUACGAAACGUUACGAGGUCAGAGCUGUAGCGCCUAUAAGUUUUGGGGAACUGUGGCUUGCCUUUUUGGCGCCGCUUUAGUAGCGGUAUACGGCAAGGAGGAGGACGGACCACGACCGUCGCCAAGUCACGACUCGUCUUUGUCUUAGGGCUUUGUACUUAUUAUAAGCUUUUCUAUCUUCCUCUGGUCUUUCUUUUUUCUAGUUAGGUCGGCUCCGCCACAAUUAUGAGUACUCACUCGUAGUAACAGUAAGCACUCUGAAACUUCUUUUCUCUAUACAUUUGCAUUUAGCUUUUAGUAUUAGUCCGAACACGUAUAUUUGAGUUCGCCCAAGAAUAAUUACGACCAAAGAAGCGGGAAUGAAUUACUCAUGCCCGAAGCUGUCACUUUAAUUUUCGACGGGUAGUGCACUAGACGGAGUGGUUCCUGCAGCCGCAACCAGCUUAUCCCCAAGUAGUAGCAGCACAGAAGGCCAAGGCAUAGUACUAGCCGCUGCUUCUAGUGGUACAGGAGCAGGAACGCUAGAUGGGUCGGGAGAGACGUCAAAUAGUCAGACAACCUCAGGUGGUGCUGCAAUAGUUGGAAGCCUUUUCGCAUUGGCGGCUUCUCUCUUUUCUGCCGUGUACCAAUGCGUUUUGAGUGAAAUGGUGGGACCGGAAAGGGUGCUCUUCCAUUAUUGAAAGCAGUUUUUUUUGGGUGCCCGAUUGAUACUUAGAUCCUCGUGACCUUAACUCCUCUUCUAAUCCAUGACUAUCUAUCGUCAGGCAUCCAACCCCGUCGGAUUCUGCGUCAAUUUCGGCUUUGCUAUAUCCUUUUGCCACUUAGUGGUCGUCUUCCCGGGAGUUCUAUUUGCCAGCGCAAUAGGAUUCGAACAUGUGGAGUUUCCGCAUCAUCUGAUAUUAAGGCGAUGAUCAUGUUCCUGUUUUAGCGUACUCUGCAUAAAAGUGGUUUUCCUUGUUUUAUUGUAUUCGUUCUGCAGCAUUCCCACCACGACCAUGAUUGUCCUAAUAAUUUGCCCUGGAAGUAUUCGAAAAAGGAAAACUGAGAAUAACCGAGUUACAACUGACUGAAAUGAGGGAGGUAGCUUAACGCCAAGGCUACUCUUCCUUCUCAUGAGUAUCUCGGUUAUUCUGAUCAGUUACUUGCUUAUUUCAGUUUUUCGAAUACUAGGCGGAAAUAAAUUUUUACGUACUACUAGAGGAGCUCGCUCAUCUAAUCCCUCCCGGUGGCGUAGCCUUCGUUAGCAGUUGCCUUCUUGCUUUCCUCGUGAAUGUUUGUUGGUUUUACGUGCUCUAUGCUGGUGAGGAUCCUUCGCUUCUGUCAACUGUCGUUGCUCUUGGGAUACCUCUGUCCCUCUUGCUCGAUAUGUUGUUUCACUUAUGGCUGCUCAUUCAAGAUCGAUCUUCGUUCAAGCUGGUAUAGUCUAGGUCUACUUCCGACUACCAUUAAUUAUGUUGUACCUUUGUGACAAGCCAACGAUCAUGCGUGGUAGUCAUUCGGCGUAUCAUUGUCAUGUCGGUCUCCCAUUUCGUCUCUACUGCACCUUAGUACCCUUAGAAGCUCUAACUGCCCUACUGCACCUUAGUACUCUUAGAAGCUCUAACUCCCCUACUGCACCGUAGUACCCUUAGAAGCUCCAACUCCCCUACUGCACCAUAGUACCCUUAGAAGCUCUAACUCCCCAAACGUUUCCGAGUGCUGGUCAGUGCGUUGGUCAUCUGUGCGUUUUGCUGAGCUUUGUGCUUUUCUAUUGGCACAAAAAACGGGCGCAAAUGACGACUCCAACUUCGAUCAAGCCAGGAUCAAGCAAUCGAGGUCACCAGGAUCAGGUGGGAGAAGAGGUAGGCGUAGGGAAUGGAGGCUCUACAGCUGUGUGAUGAAGCGUCAUCGCAAUUCAAUAGAUACUAGAAGCAGGAUACAUCAAUGGAAGUGCAACUAGCAACUAGGUGGUACAUCAUGGUAUAUUAGAAAAGUUUCGCACAUCAAGACAGAGAUGAUCUCACCAGCAGAUCAUGAAUUGACACAAGAACUGGGAACACCAAAAAGCGUCGUAGCGAGCAGGUACGAAGAUCAAGCCAAUCACGAGAUAAAGGCGAGAUUGCACUUUUGUACAACAUAUCUCUCGACAACUUCGAGUUCGAUUCUUCUACUGGGAAGUACGUCACCUGUACUACUAGAUUGGCAUCUGUAACAAGUUGAGAAGUAAAAAGUACUUCAAAUUGUUGUAUUCUAUGCAGCGCCGUACAGGAAGAGGGUUCGUUUUUGCUCCGCUUCUGUAAUUAUUUCUGUUUUUCUUGUCCUCGUCCAUCCUGAGCCAGUACUUGAAGUAAUUUCUACGCACGAAGUGUGCCUGGACAUCAAUCAGAUACUAGAAGUCCUCAGUGUGUAGGACUAGAAAGUACUGGUCGCUGAUAGUCAUGUGAGAUAUGUCUAACACUAGUAAACUCGCAAGAGCAUCACAGCUUGAACAUACGUGUGAUAGCUUUGGUGUGCUCCCUUCGCAUCGAGCUACUUUAAGAUUAAAGAACAGUUGCAAAGUCGGCUGAGACACAUGAACGGAGAUCAUGGAUGUACUACAACAGGUACUUACACGUCCUAGUACUGACGUCGCGCAUGAUGAGCAUUUGAUCAAUGGGAUGCAUGUCCUAA